AUGUCUGCAAGCACUAAUCAGCAUCUACCUAUAGUCCCUGAUGCAGAACUGCUUCCCUGUAUAUGGGGGUACUGGGGUCAUGGGAUGGGUGACUUGGAAAUUGCCAUUUCCAUCAAGCAGGAUGUGGAUGCAACUGCUAAGGGAUGGGGACUAGGGGCUAAGACAGUAUUUCAGCAGCAGCAGAAAAUGGGCCUCAUGAGCAUUUGGCAGCAGCAUCACAUGAUGGACUCAAUUGGACCACACAUUGAAGAGGUGAGGGAUGCAAUUCAUGAGCCUGGUGUGAAGCACACCUGCAACUGGCUCAGGCAGCAGGGAAUCUUGGCACCCAGGCAAGCAUCAUGGUUGACUGCCUAUGGAAAAGACUCUGCUCUUGCCAAACCUUGGGAAGACUUUGAAGAGCGCGCCAGACGGGACUCUGCCAGCGUCAAAGCGUCUUACACCAAGAUUGGGAUUCAUGUCAAGGCUACUCUACAGCAACACGUCUCCAUGAAGCGCAAGCAAGCAAAAUUACUGGAAGAAAAGAAAAUGAACGAAGAUCCAUUUGCUCCCAAGGUAGAUUUCAACGCUCAGACGAAUACAAUCCGACAAAAGUUUUGGUCCGGCAUCGACGACUGCAAUGUCGACGGUUGUAUACCUGAUGACUAUCUGCGUGUCAUUCUUACUUCAAGUGCGCAUGUUCUCGGUACAUACAGGCGAGGAUUUUACUUCGAUGUUGCGUUCUGGGACAUUUGCAGACUCAAAGCGGAUUCGAUCUCCCCGGCUUGUAACGAGGGACAGCAACACCUCGUUGGGAGGGGUCACCCUGCUCCUACUGUUUCCCGACCAAGUUUUGGUGCGUUGACGUACAACAAGCGACUUAGCCCGCAAGCUCCAUCUCGCGCACUUCGUACCCGCACUGUCUGA